AUGAUAAAAUUCGAGAAAUACCGUUGGGAUCAGAUUCCUUGGGAUCUAAAUACAUUCACCGGUUCAAAUCAUAACGAAGGUUUGAUAUCAACAGUCCCAAAUGAUGAUAUAUCGUAUGAGCUUGAUAUGCCAGACUUACCAGAUUUACUCUGGAAUGACCAUGUACAAGAACCAGAAACCGGGACAGAAAAAUUAGUUCUCCAUAGAGGAAAUAUAUUUCGAGAGCUGAUAGACGCCGUGAAAAACCGAAAUAUACGAUUCAGUACUGUACAAGUAGAAAUGAUAUUACCCAAUGGUAAACCUGAAGAAGCAGAAGAUGUAGGAGGAGUGCUGCGUGAUUGCAUUUCAGAAUUUUUUGCUUCGUUCUACGAGAUGGGUACGAUGGGAGCGGAAUUGAAAGUUCCGGCGUUGAGACAUGACUUCCAAAAAGAAGAAUGGAGUGCUGUGGGAAAAAUCAUAGCUGAAAGUUUUCUUUCUGAAUCUUAUUUCCCAAUAAAAAUUGCACCUAUUUUCAUAGAAGAUUGUUUUGGGCACAAGCUAAGCGAUAAACAUAUUCUUGAUAAUUUUUUGAGGUAUAUUUCUGAAUCGGAAGCAACUUUACUAAAGAACGCACUAGAAAACUUUGAUGAGGUCGAUUUUGAUGAAGUGUUGGAAUUUUCCAACAAUUAUGCUGUAAAAUGUUUACCCACCAAGGAGAAUUUCAAACAAUUACUAUUACAAGUAGCAACCGCGGAACUAAUUCAAAAACCUUCCUUUGUCAAAGAAUGUUUUCGUCCUCAUUUUAACACAAUCAAAGACCUUAUAGAUAUACAGGCAAUGUAUACUAAAUAUCAACCGACAGCCAAGAAUAUGAUAUCCAUGGUCGAAUUAAAACCAAACCUCUCUGUAGGGGAAAAUAAAAUUGUCGAGUUUUUGAAAAAAUAUGUGAAAGAAUGUGAUCAGAAAACCAGGUCUGCUUUACUUAGGUUUGUUACAGGAUCUGAUAUGGCAAAUAAAAAAAUUACGAUAGAUUUUAGCGAAUCUGAUGGAUUUGCAAGGACAAGCCAUGUUAAGAAGAAAAACCAAGAGUGGACAAUCUGCAACAAAAACAAAACCUUGGAAGUACGAAGAGUUGAUAUAUUUUCUUGCAUCGGAUACAUUGCCAAGAAGUCCAACGUUCUUGAUCCUGACGAUGAAAACUCGGAUAAUGUAGAACCAAUCGAAGCUAAUGAUGACACCCAGGGGCAGCAUGAAGAGGAAGAAAAUGCGUUAGAAGAUGACCAGUCUAACUCUGCCUUAAACAGCCAAGGUCCACGUUAUAACAAAUCUUUUAAAAGUAACAGGAAGAACGUUCAGAAAGAAGAUGAUGGAGUUCAAAAAGUUAUAACAUUUCUAAAUAAGAAAGAGAGCAAUAAAAACAAAAAUGGGGAGCUCGAUUACUUUUUUGCAAGUGCUUGCGAGAGCACCAAAAACCUACCACGCUAUCUGCAGCUCAGAGUUAAACAAGAGAUAAUGGAUGCAAUUAUAAAGGCAGAAAGUGAAUACCUAAAUACCAGGCCACAAUAA